UCGCGGGAGACCCAGAACUGGUGCCGAGGUGGCCAGCUCGGCCCCCGCCUUGAACUGGACUAAGGAGCCACGGUGCGGACCGAGCCAGGGUUUCAGGGGCAAGACAGGUGACGGAAAUAAAGGACGCUUUUUCCAGGACAGGACUCUCCAGGUUCUUAGACUUUGAUCGAGGCCGCCGAUGGAAGGCAACCCCCCUGAUGGCACUGGCCCCAUGCAUGUACCAUUUGGGCACAUUGUGGCCAAUGAGAAAUGGCGCGGUUCGCAGCUGGCACAGGGAAUGCAAGGGAAAAUUAAACUCGUUUUUGAGGAUGGCCUGACACUGGUAGAUUUUUACUUAUCUAGCAAAUCCUGCAUUAUUUACAUCACCGAAGCUGAGUUGGUGGCAGGAAAUGGCUACAGAAAGAGACUUGUUCGGGUUAGAAAUUCCAAUAAACUUCAAGGGAUUGUGGUUGUUGAAAAAACGCAGAUGAGUGAACAGUAUUUUCCAGCUGUACAGAAGUUUACUGUUCUGGAUCUUGGGAUGGUGUUGCUUCCAGUAGCCAGCCAGAUGGAAGCAUCCUCCCUCAUUAUUCAGUUGGUUCAAGAGCAAACCAGAGAGCCCAGUAAAAACCCUUUUCUCAGGAAGAAACGGACUCAGGUCUCUGAGCCGGCGCUCCUCCGAAGUGUGCAGCAGAUCCCAGGAGUCGGGAAGGUGAAAGCCCCACUCCUGCUUCAGAGGUUUCCAAGUAUUCAACAACUAAGCAACGCGUCUAUCCGAGAACUGGAGGCGGUAGUAGGACAAGCCGCAGCCCAGCACAUUCAUGCAUUCUUCACCCAGCCCAGGUGAGGGCUCCUUUCACGGGCAUCUCAUCACGGGACUGCAGGAUCUUGUUUUCUUUUCACACUAAGAAAAGAGUUCCUUGGAGAAGGAAAUGGGAACCCACUCCAGUAUCCUUGCUCGGGAAAUCCCAUGGGGAGUCUGGUGUGCAACGGCCCAUGGAGUACAAAAGGGCUGGACACGGCUUAGUGACUAAACAACAACAAAUGGCAGUUCUAGCCAAUGUAUGAGAAAAACUUGUAAGGAAUUGGGGGUUGGGGCUGAAGCCAAAAUCCUAUUGUUUACAGAUGUGAAUGUCCAUUUAGAAAAACCAAAAUAAACUGCAAGCAAAUAUUUAAACUAA